UACUAUACUUCGUUAGAGGGAAUCACUUUUGCUUUGCUUGAAAUUGUUUCAAGUUGCUGUGCACUUAUGCGCUUUCCACGACUCUUCGUUUUUCAAACCUCUCUGCGAGCCUAUGGGCACAAAGUGGGCAAAGAAAUGCAAAAUUUGCCCUCCCGUUGGUCGCGCCUUUGGUUGCAGAGUAAGGCACCUUUAGGUCAUGAAUUCAAAGUAAAUUAUGCAAUAUUAUACAACUAAUAUCCAAUGCCUGAAACACCCAGAAAGUCUUUGUUUUUCUACUUCUGCUUUGUUUAGAGUUAGGCAAGGUUCACCGCUUGGGCAGUUUUUUGCAAACCACGCUUUUCCCGCUGCUUGCAAGGCAACCUUCGCUUUUCCUGCUUUCCACUCUUCGAGCCUACUGCAACCUCAAAGAAGUAGCAGACCGCACGGUAGAGUUAAAAAACUACUUAGAUUCAUAUCUGGCUGGGUUAAUAUACGGGGAUGGCUCUAUUUGUGUACCUGAGUUCGCGCUCAAGCACAAAAAAAAAUCGCGAAUAAGGAUUGUAUUGAAUAUCAAAGAUCUUCCAUGUGGUGCUUUACGUAGGAACAACUCAGGGGGUACACUUCUGGUAAGUCUAAUAAAAGUUUAGAACACCUGAGCUGGAAGCAAACCACAGACUGGUAGACUGGUUAAAUUCGAAAACAACUAAGCAGAGCAAGACAGAUAAAUUAGUCAAACACGGAUUAGACUUAUCUCCAGUCUUCGAAAAUGCCUGGCUAGCUGGAUUUACGGAUGCUGAUGGAAACUUUUAUGUUAUUAUCAAUGAGCGCAAAGACAGUAGCAGUAUUAGAGUGCAAUCUCAGUUUAGACUCUUGUUUCGAGUCUCACCGCAAAAAUUUGAGCACAGGAUAGGGCAGUACAUAUUUAGAUAUUAUUUCAAUAAUAGCAUCUGAAGUAAAUACCAAUGUCUAUUGCGCGCGUGUUGAAAGAGUCUUUGUGGUAUGUAUAUUUUAUUGCAGUGGCCUCAAAUCAAAAAGCUUGGUUCGAAAUUAUUUUAACCGCCUUCCGUUAUUGUCUAGUAAAAAUAAUGAUUACUUUGCCUGGUGUCAAAUUAUGGCCAACCCCGUUGGGCACCGCUUUCUUCACAAAGAAUUUCGGAAUGUAUGGCAUGAAAAUCCCUUAUGAACAAUAAUAGAAAAAGUAUUAAUUGCGACCAUUUAGGCUUGUUUGAGAGCGCUUUAAAAGCAAAGCAAAAAUGAUACUAUCGGCUAUCUAUAGUCCAAUUGCCGUGAAAAGACGUAAGUUUUUUUAGAAUAACAUCACUAUUUUCGGGAAUCUCCUAAAAAUCACAAUACUAAAAUAGAAGAAUUCUGGUGCGCCAGCCAAGAAAGCGCAUAAAGCGGGCAGCGGUAUUUUGCGCGAAGCGUAGGCUUAUUGCAGUGUACUGUUAUCUCAAACGAGGCAAAGCAUAGCGGAGCAAGCUCUCAGAGUGGACUAUUUUAUGUUAUAAUUUGUGAUUUAAGAGCUGUUCGUAGAUGAGCUGCGCAGCAAAUGGACAACCCGCAGGAAACCAAAAAGACUUUAAAGUGCCGCUCUUUGAGCCUUUAGAGCGGGCCCGCUUUGCGGGCCCGUUGCGUCAGCGGAUGCAAUGCACACAAGGCGCGAAACCCGGGAGCGGUGUUGCUUACGCCCAACAAGCGACUUGCGCACAAGCAAAACCAGCCGCGCAAAAACGGGGUGGCGCACCAGCGGUGGAAGAACUUCAAAAAUCGGCGUUCAUUCCGGUUUCUUUCAAUGCGCGCCUUCGGCGCCCUAUGCACUUGGUCUUGAGUAGGCUCCUCAGAGACUACACGUGAUGCAUCCAGGCGCGCAGUGGGAAACC